AUGUCAUUGCAUAAAGAAAUUUGUAAAUACAUUAUAAAAGCAGGCUCAAAAGAUAUUAAGAAAUUAGAAUAUGAACCAACAAAGAGAAAAACAAAUAGACUAACUGAAGCUUUAAAAAAUGCGAUUUUCCCUUACUAUUUUAAGUUUAUCCGAGGACCAUUUGAAAGAUGGCAAUAUUGUGCAACGACCAAAUUUUUGAGAGAACAUGGUUUAAUGUACGAUGACAUGUACAGUGAUAAAGAUCCAGUGAUCGAAAGAGCAAUAUCUUUAUUACCAAAAGACAUAAAAAUAAAAAGGUAUAGAAGAAUGUUAAGAGGUACACACAUAAAUUUCUUAAGACUAUACUUACAUCCAUCAGAACAAAACUAUGACCCAUAUAUACCAUAUUUAGCUCCAUAUAUUGAAGAAGCAAAAUUUCAGUUACAAGAAGAAGAAGAAUUAUUGGGUUAUCACCCCUAUGAUAGAAGGUUGUAUUCAGGUGGAACAACAGGAUUUGGUGAUUUGGAACCCGGUCUACAUUUUCUUGUAUCCAUUCCAAAUCUUUAUGGGGCUGCUAUACCACAUACAAAGAAAAAAUAA